AUGUGUGAGGAGUACACGUAUUCGGAACCCAACUGUCCUGUCUACGACAUUCCUUAUGUUGCACUACGGACGCUGCGAGUCAGGCAACAACAAUUACAGGGCCCUGCUACGAAGAUAAAACUCAAGUGUGAGGAGGAGAAAGCUGCGCAUUCCUCUGUUGCUCCAUUGCACCCUGGGCAAGACGUGGCAGCAGUCACCGGCUCUGCUGGUGUCCAACGGGACGUCGGUGCUGGACUGCGUCUGCACCCACCUCAUCGACGACGACGACGGAUUCUGGUCACCCGGUCAUGCCGAAUAUAUAAUAAGGUUCAACUACUGUCGCUAUUCCGGCGCCCGGAGCAGCCGUCGGCCGCCUCUGCCGCCGUGGGGCGCCUGAUAGCCCGCAUGUGGAGCGACGACCCGGCUGGAGGGCAGAAGGCGGAGGCGGAGGCGGAGGCGGAGGGGUGUGGCCGCGCCCUGGCCGAACUGCGCAGCCUCACCCUGCCCCAGGAGAACCAACUCAUCGAGCACAUCUUCUGCCGGAUCGCCGCCGACUGCAUCCGCUCCUGCCCUGCGCCGAGGUCGGACUGGAACGUGACAGCGCUGCGGGCGGACCGCGUGAGGCGCGCCGCCCUCUCGCAGUCGGUGCUCGCCGUCCGGCGCAUCACGAGGGCCGCCAUCGCCAGGACAGAGUGUGAGACCCACCACCGGCUCGACUUUGACUUUUUUGGGAGGAGGUUCCUGAACAAAACCGAACUGCAGGACCUGACUGCGGUUUUCCGGGAGCACCUCUCCAACACCUGGCGAGACUUUGCCAAUCUCUUCUCACUCGGUGUGUCGCAUGCCUCACAGCUGUUGGUUCCCCUCGCAUUUGAAGAUACGGGUAACCACACGAGUGAUCAGCGACUUCACGGUUGGAUUAAGGACGUGGAACGUGUGGGAGACAUGCUACACACAAAAUUAACCGGAUUGGUACUCGACACGCAAUCCAUUAUCAAACAGGUAGCGCACUACGAGAUAGAACAAGACAAGCCUUCGCUCCUGAAAUUCAGGCGGCCGCUGUUGAGUCCACGCCUCCUGCUCUACCAGCCGUGGAACGUCUUCUUCCACGACGACUUCAGUGCGCUGUGCGAGGAGCGGCAGCCAGAAUCGUCGCACGUGUUCCGAGUCGCUGACGCACUGUACUCCUUUUACCGUGUCUACUGGUUUACUGCAGCCGAUCCCCUAGAUACACUCUUCGAUCUUUAUUUCGAGUCUAUGGAAGAGGACGAGGAGUGGCAGCUGGAGGACAGAAGCCACACCACGGUCUCCGUGGACACCGACUGUGUGCAGCUGCUGGCGAACGCCCUGGACCACCCCACAUGUCCGCUGGAAGACCUGCCGCCGGAGACCGUGGAGCAGCGUGAGCGGUGCCGCGCGGAGCUGUGGGACGACGUGGUGCAGAGAUCGCCCCACGUGCCCGUCACCAGCUACCUGGCCUACACGCAGAGGGUGAACAUCAACCUCUGUCUGCUGGCCUGGAUGGCAGUUGGCCCAUACGGUAUCUGUCAGGACGUCCCAUUUAGCACGAUACGGUCGGUGCACGAUGCUCGCUGCUAUUUCGAUAGUCCUGACGAUCAAUCGUGUCUGGAAUCGAACGCCACAGAUGCCAUCUGCUCUGUUUCCAGAGCUAUUUUGAUGCUGAGGUGUCGCGAUUUUUCCGCCUUUUCCGAUAAUUGCAGCAUCAAUUAUGAAAGACCUCUAUCACACCCAUUGACAGUGGAAAGUGGGGACCUACCGCAUCAAAAGGUAACAGAAGAAACACUGAACCACAAAAACAGCUUAAACGACGCCACCUUGAGAUACAAGAAUUUCAAAAUCGACAGCUUAAAGCCUUUGGAAAUCUCACUUGUAUUGGUAAAUAUUGUUUUCCGCCUUUGGACUGCCGGAGUAUACAUGUACCUUCCCCAGUUACGCAACUUGCCUGGAAAGAUAUUCUUGUCCUUUCAGAUCACUUGUAUAGUCCAGAUCAUGUGUUCUGAGGUCGUGUAUCGUAUGACCGGUUUCCCUGGCUUAUCUACAGCAGUGCUGAUAGAUAGCGGCCUCACACUUCUCAGCUGUAUCUGGCUAAACCUAUUCUGCUACCACAUGUAUGCUUGUGUUCGUCACCUCACGCUUCCUGACGACCUGCUACCUGCUGAAGUAAGCAGGUUACUCUGUCGUCAAGUGCUGUAUGCGUUAAUACCGUGGAGUACAGUAUGUGUGGCAGCUGCUGCUUUGGAAAAGACGAGCAAAUAUCAUCUGAUCCAUAGUCGUGUAGUAGUCCUUGCGAGCAUUGCACUAUCAGUGUCUUUCAAUAUGGUUUGUCUCGGACUGAUUGGGUACAUGUACCUACGCACUCGGUUUUCCAUGCGGCAACUCAAAAUUUUUGUUAACAAUAAAUUUGCCUCAAAGAAACAAUGUUUUUUCAUGUCAGUUAAGGCUGUUAUCCUAAGUGGAAUAGGCAUUAUAAUUAGAAUCGGGUUCCACCAGGCUCAGGAGAUAGCGCAGUUUGUGUACUACGUACACCUAGUUACGAUGUUGCAAGGACCAGUGCUGUUCGUCUGCUUCGUCUGUAACGGAACGACGCUCCCCUUACUGAAGGACAGGCUGCUGGCGUGGUUUAACCCAACUGGCAUCCCUGCAGGGCGAGAACUCUGCUCAGCUGCAGAGAGGAAUCUGGCCAGGAGGAACAACGAACAGUCUCCAGCUGCAGAAUCCUCACUGUAGGCUGCUUCGGUAUUUUUCCCAAAUAACUGUCUUCACUACAGACUGCAUUAAAGCCAGUAAUCAGGUAUAAAGAUGUACUCUAUCUGAUAUGACAACAUUAAAUGUGAUAUCGUACAGCCAGCGCUUAGCGCUUUGCUAAUGUCUUCUUCAUUUAUAGCUGUGUGGUUAUUUUAGCCUCUGUCUGCGUAUUCUAAUGCAGUGAGAUUACUUACGAAAAUUGUUCCGAAACACUUUGU